AUGGAUCGCCGUCAGAUAUCGAUCGUAGGAGAUCCAACCUGGACAUUCCUCCAGAACAAAAUAUUUGAGAACGGACUUCUAAUAUUCCCGGAAGGAACGCCGGACCGGUGGGUCAAGAUCGCCGCUACUGUCCCCGGAAAGACUCGGGCGGAGGUGGAGAGCCACUACGCAAUCUUGGUUCGCGAUUUGCAGGAUAUCAAAGCAGGCAAAAUCAAGCUCCUGCGUUACGACAAUGACUCAUCGAAGAUCCAAGACUCGGACGCGCAGCCAAGUAGUUCGACCAAUGAAGAGCGCAGGUUUGAUUGUAUUUACUUGGAGGUUUUCCUAUUUCUGGCGCUACUUGUUUUGAUUGGGAGCUUUGGUCUCCCUUCUAGCCAAGCAUCUAAACCUGGCUCUCCAUAA